UGAUCAGGCAUGGCCGACGCGGGAAGAAAACCAUAAUAUUUACAAUUUUGAUUUUUGUUUUGCAGUGGUUACUAAUCAAGUAUGAGCGCAGAUGGUGAAGAAAUUGGAGGCUCCCCACAGAUUACACGCAACCCCUCCCCGCCACCAGAGCUCUGCCAGAAUGAUGAGGUGCAUGGAGACAGUAUUGGACAGACUGCCUUUAGCAAACACUGGUUAUUCACCACCCUGAUGAAACUCAUUCAGGAAGUAGACAAGGAGAACGAGGGGAAAGAAGCUGCGGAGACCGAGUUUGGCGUGGAUGUGGAUGAAGACCUCCAGAAUGAGCUGUGUAAACUCUGGGACAUGUCCAUGAAUCCUGAGGUGGCUGUUUUCCUACAAGAAUUCAAAGCAGUGGAGAUAUUAUCUGGUGUGAUUGCUAAGUCUAAAGCCCCCAGAGUGACUGAGAUCUGUGUUGGUAUUCUUGGCAAUAUGGCGUGUGACAAAGAGAUAUGCAAGGCCAUCACAGGAAGUGAUAAGCUGGUGAAGAUGAUAGUCAUGAUGGUUGAAAAUCCAGACACUCCAACUCUAGUGGAAACAACAAGGCUUGUGUACACCUGUAUGUCGAACCGUGAGGCCGGGAGUACGUGGAUCAGCAGCAUCAAGUCGGACUCGUCGUUCUUCACCAACAUCUGCUUCAUCCUCCACAGUUCCACAAACACUGACCUACUGAAGAACACUGGCGAGUUAGUGGAUGCCCUACUAGAUCAGGAUGAAGAGCUUUGUGGAGGAUGGGCAACUCAGGAACUGGUGGAGUCUCUCCUGGAGGCUGUCAAACAGAUAGGGUACAGCCACAGUGAGACACUGGAGACAUUCAUGCACAUCUUCCAGUUACUGUCUACGUCAGAAGAAGGGGUAGCAGCUCUAGUUCUGUGUGCAGAUGUUCUUCAGAUCCCACUUUUGAAGUAUCUACUGAGCGUAUGCGAGUACGAGAUCGUCGGGCUAGAUGGUCAUGAGGGCUGUCUGGCGUCGGCGCUGUCUGUGCUGAAUGUGCUGUACAGCUCCUCACCAGAUGUUGUAGAUAAACUCUCAUCAGCCCCAGAUCUUAUCCGAAUCCUGCUGAAAAUCUUGGAACCCUUGUUCCCACUCCUUCCAGAAAACUCAGAAAAAUUGAACAACAUUUCCAAAUAUUCCAACUCAGUCACCAACCAUCCAGACAAAUCAUCAGAAGAGGAGUCAGAAAAAACAGAGUCCAAUGCAAAUGGACACAUUACCAAAGACACUGUUGACACAGAGGGUGCAGAGGAAAACCAGAUGUCCACUGAGGAAGUGGCAGGUCCUACACCAGCAGAAUCUCGGACCACAGAGGCAGAAGUUCACAAGUACAGACUGUUGUAUGGAGUGCUGCAAGACUUCCUGCAUGAUGUGGUCGUGUCUUUGGUAACAGAUGAAGAUGAUGCCCAUGAUACCCCCAACCCUCCCCUCUUCAUCUCCGUCCUGAACUACCUCAACUCCAACUGCAGCCGUGCAAGGAUCAACUACAUGCUGCUGUCUUUCCACGAAGUCAAAGACAGUGAAGUUGACCCAACAGACCACUUGUUUCACUUGUGUGAGAAAUAUUCUCAAGACAGACUGCGGCGCAUUGUUCAAGACUUCAAGGAAGGGGAAAUAUUCUUCCGUUCUGACUCUCUGAACAUGGAAGACAAGCGGUAGCGAUGUGUGAAUGAUUUUUUUGUUUUAGCAUUCAAUGCAUCGUGCUCAACAAUCGCUCGCAGUAGUAUCGGUUUUUGCCUGUGACGUUGGAUGUAAAUCAUGUACAAAUUGUUCUUAUCCUGACACAACAUAGAGCAAUUUCUUACUUCACCUUGAUAAUGGCUCAUACAAACCAAGCCCCAAAUUUCACUACAUUAAAUAAACCCUCAAGAUAUGGCAUUCUAUUGCUUUUAAGGGGCUGUGGGGUAGCCUAGUGGUUAAGGCAUUCGCUCGUCAUGCCGAAGACCCAGGUUCAAUCCCCCACAUGGGCACAAUGUUUGAAGCCCAUUUCUCUGUGUCCCCGUCAUGAUAUUGCUGGAAUAUUGCUAAAGGCGGUGUAAAACCUCACUCACUCUACCAUUAUAGUCAUCUUCUUAGAAACAGCAAAUUUCCCACAAUGAUAUGUUGUAUGUUCCCACAAUGAUGACACCCUUAUUUGUUCAAGAAGUUUGAUACCCGUGGAGAUCCGGCUUAGAAU